AUGAAAUCUUUAGUGUUAGCUUUUGCUAGCUUGCUGGCAUUAUAUUCAGUUAAUUGUGAUGUAUAUUUAGAUGAAAAGUUCCCCGAUGAUUCUUGGGAAUCCAAUUGGGUGUAUAGUGAACAUCCCGGCAAAGAAUUCGGCAAAUUUAAGCUGACCGCUGGAAAGUUCUUCAACGACCCGGAGGAAGAUAAAGGUUUACAAACUUCAGAAGAUGCGAGAUUUUAUGCUCUAUCCCACAAAUUCCAGCCCUUCUCUAAUGAAGGCAAGGACCUCGUCGUUCAGUUCUCAGUUAAACAUGAGCAAGAUAUUGACUGUGGAGGUGGUUACUUGAAAGUAUUCAACUGUGAAUUGAACCAAAAAGAUAUGCAUGGAGAGUCUCCAUAUGAAAUUAUGUUUGGUCCUGACAUUUGCGGCCCUGGAACUAAGAAGGUCCAUGUAAUCUUCAGCUACAAGGGCAAAAACCAUCUGAUCAAGAAAGAAAUCCGUUGCAAGGAUGAUGUGUACACCCACGUCUAUACUUUGGUUGUGAAACCAGACAAUAAAUACCAAGUUCUCAUUGAUAAUGAAGUGGUUGAGUCUGGAGACCUCGAGGCUGACUGGGACUUCCUUCCCCCCAAGAAGAUCAAGGAUCCUGAAGCCACAAAGCCAGAGGAUUGGGAUGACCGUGCCCAGAUUCCUGACCCAGAUGACACCAAACCCGAAGAUUGGGACAAACCUGAGCACAUCCCUGACCCUGAUGCCACCAAGCCUGAGGACUGGGACGAUGAGAUGGAUGGAGAGUGGGAACCACCCAUGAUUGAUAACCCUGAGUACAAGGGUGUUUGGGCUCCUAAGCAGAUUGACAAUCCAGCAUACAAAGGUCAAUGGAUCCAUCCUGAAAUUGACAACCCAGAAUAUGUUGAAGACAAGAACCUUUACAAACGCGAUGAGCUCUGCGCAGUCGGUUUGGACCUUUGGCAAGUUAAGUCUGGUACCAUCUUCGAUAACAUCCUCAUCACAGAUGAUAUCGAACUGGCCAAGGAACGUGUAGAGGCAGUCAAGAAGACAAUAGAAGGUGAGAAGAAGAUGAAGGCUGAACAAGAUGAAGCGGAGAGAGAGAAGGAGAAGGCAGACAAGCCAGAAGAUGAAGACGAUGAGGACUUAGAUGAUGAACUGAAGGAAGAACCUCCUGCAGAUGACCACGACGAGCUG